UCCUUUUCUUUUCCAUUCUCUUUUCUAAUUCUCCUUCAGGGCAAGGCGAAGUUUCUGAUUUUUGGGACCCAGCCAUGGCUCUUCUGCGCCUUCUUUAAAAUACUCACUUUCUCCCCAUCGCCAAGCCCGUUUGGCAAUAUCAGAUAUCUGCUCUAUUUAUUUUUACCUAAGGAAAAACUCCAGCUCUCUUCCCACUCCCAGCUGCCUUGCCACCCCUCCCAGCCCUCGGCUUGCCCUCCACCUGGCCUGCUGGGAGUCAGAGCCCAGCAGAACCUGUUUAGACAUAUGGACAAGAAUCCCAGCGCGAUACAGCACACAGUCCGCUACUUCGUCCUGGGGCUGCCAGCGUUUCCUGGGAGUCCCGAAGCUCUCACAGUGCAGUGAGUUCAUGCACCCUCUUGCCAAGGCUCAGUAUUUGGGAUCUGGGGAGGACGCCUGGUUUUCCUCCCUCCUUCUACUGGGGUAUCCUCCUUGCCAGGUCUCCCCAGCCCCUUGGCCUCGCUCCUGGGCUCACACAUGAAGAUGCACUUACAAAAGGCUCUGGUGGUCCUGGCCCUGCUGAACUUGGCUACAGUCAGCUUCUCUCUGUCCACUUGUACCACCUUGGACUUCGGCCACAUCAAGAAGAAGAGGGUGGAAGCCAUUAGGGGACAGAUCUUGAGCAAGCUCAGGCUCACCAGCCCCCCUGAGCCAUCGGUGAUGACCCACGUCCCCUAUCAGGUCCUGGCACUUUACAACAGCACCCGGGAGUUGCUGGAAGAGAUGCAGGGGGAAAGGGAGGAAGGCUGCACGCAGGAGAACACUGAGUCGGAGUACUAUGCCAAAGAGAUCCAUAAAUUCGACAUGAUCCAGGGUCUGGCGGAGCACAAUGAGCUGGCUGUCUGCCCCAAAGGAAUUACUUCUAAGGUGUUCCGUUUCAACGUGUCCUCAGUGGAAAAUAAUGGAACCAAUCUGUUCCGGGCAGAGUUCCGGGUCCUGCGGGUGCCCAACCCCAGCUCCAAGCGCACCGAGCAGAGGAUUGAACUCUUUCAGAUACUGCGACCGGAUGAGCACAUCGCCAAGCAGCGCUAUAUCAGUGGCAAGAAUCUGCCCACAAGGGGCACUGCCGAGUGGCUGUCUUUCGAUGUCACUGACACUGUGCGUGAGUGGCUGUUGCGGAGAGAGUCCAACUUGGGUCUGGAAAUCAGCAUUCACUGUCCAUGUCACACCUUUCAGCCCAAUGGAGAUAUACUGGAAAAUGUUCACGAGGUGAUGGAGAUCAAAUUCAAAGGGGUGGACAAUGAGGAUGACCACGGCCGUGGAGACCUGGGGCGCCUCAAGAAGCAGAAGGACCAUCACAACCCUCACCUGAUUCUUAUGAUGAUUCCCCCACACCGACUGGACAGCCCAGGCCAGGGGGGUCAGAGGAAGAAGCGGGCCCUGGAUACCAAUUACUGCUUCCGCAACCUGGAGGAGAACUGCUGUGUGCGCCCCCUCUACAUUGACUUCCGGCAGGACCUGGGCUGGAAAUGGGUCCAUGAACCUAAGGGCUACUACGCCAACUUCUGCUCAGGCCCUUGCCCAUACCUCCGCAGCGCAGACACGACCCAUAGCACGGUGCUAGGACUGUACAACACCCUGAACCCGGAGGCAUCGGCCUCACCAUGCUGCGUGCCCCAGGACCUGGAGCCCCUGACCAUCCUGUACUAUGUCGGCAGGACCCCCAAGGUGGAGCAGCUGUCCAACAUGGUAGUUAAGUCCUGCAAGUGCAGCUGAGGUCAGCCUGCGACAGAGGAGGGAAAACUGCCACCACCGACUGCUGCUCCUCGGGAAACCAAAUCGACAGACCUCUCACCCUUGAUGCCUGGGCCCCCCAAGCCCUGGCUCCCAGUGAAUGCCCCAGAGAGAGAGAGAGAGAGAGAGAGAGAGAGAGAGAGAGAGAGAGAGAGAGAGGCUUCCUUCUGGAACAUUUCUUUCUGCUAGCUCUGAGAAUCACUGUGGUAAAGGAAGUGUGGGUUGGUUAGGGGAAGGCAAACUCUUGAGAACGUGGGAUUUCUGUGGUGGAGACAGGUGGUGGGGUAGAGGAGAAGGGAUGGCGAGCCAACAUGGUGUGUGACAAUGGGACUCGGGUGACCCUAGGGAGGAGGAUGGGUGCAGCGGUCAGGUGAGGGCCAGACUGGAGGGCACUUGAGGUCUGUGGUCAGCUUUGCUCACUGCAGCACAUCGACUCUAGGGAACUGGGAUGUCGUUAGAGGAG